AUGAUUCGGUUUAUAAUCGUACAAUUUUCGAGCUGAUUCUGUGAUGUAGAAGCCCUAAUUUCUGGGUUUGUAUGUUGAUUGAUUCUCUUUUGUGAUUGAUUAUGGCAAUGGUGGAGAAGAAUGGUUCUGCAAUUGGUUAUGUAGCUAGAAAUCUAUUACUAUGCUUAUUCGUCGUCACGACGAUACUCUUUGCUCUGUCUUGUUACUUUGUGUUACGUUCCACUGCUCAUAAUCGCUUCCUUAGCUCCACAUUUCCAUCUAAAUCAUUCGUCGAUGUGAAAGGCGUUAAGCGAGAGAAAGAGAAUUGUAGAUGUGUUAAGGACGAGAAAUCGGUAACCGCAGGUCCGCUGAAGGUUUAUAUGUAUAAUAUGGAUCCCGAGUUUCAUUUCGGUUUGUUAGAUUGGAAACGUGAUGGGAAGAAUAGUGUAUGGCCUGAUAUUCAGAAGUAUAUACCGCCUUAUCCUGGAGGUUUGAAUUUGCAGCAUAGUAUCGAGUAUUGGUUGACGUUGGAUUUACUUGCAUCGGAGUAUGAGAAUGCGCCGAGAGCUGUUGCUGCGAAGCGUGUUUAUAAUUCUAGUGAAGCUGAUGUUAUCUUUGUGCCGUUUUUUUCUUCGUUGAGUUAUAAUCGGUUCUCGAAAGUGAAUCCUCAUCAGAAAACUAGUAGAAAUAAGGAUUUGCAAGGGAAGUUGGUUACAUUUUUGACUGGUCAAGAGGAGUGGAAGAGAUCGGGUGGUAGAGAUCAUGUGGUUCUUGCUCAUCAUCCGAAUAGUAUGUUGGAUGCUAGAAAUAAGCUGUUUCCUGCUAUGUUUAUACUUUCGGACUUUGGAAGGUAUCCUCCUACUGUGGCUAAUGUUGAGAAAGAUGUAAUCGCGCCGUAUAAGCAUGUUAUCAAAGCAUACGAAAACGAUACAUCUGGUUUUGAUAGCAGACCAAUUCUGCUUUACUUUCAGGGUGCCAUCUACAGGAAAGAUGGCGGGUUUGUGCGUCAGGAGUUAUUCUACCUCUUGCAAGAUGAGAAAGACGUGCAUUUCUCGUUUGGGAGUGUGAGAAACGGAGGCAUAAACAAAGCAAGCCAAGGAAUGCACAACUCCAAGUUCUGCCUCAACAUUGCCGGAGACACUCCUUCAUCAAACCGUCUCUUUGACGCCAUUGCCAGUCAUUGUGUUCCUGUCAUUAUCAGUGACGACAUUGAGCUUCCUUUCGAGGACGUUAUUGAUUACUCUGAGUUCUCUGUGUUUGUUCGCACCUCUGAUGCAUUGAAAGAGAACUUUCUGGUUAACUUAAUAAGAGGAAUAACCAAAGAGGAAUGGACAAGAAUGUGGAAUCGAUUAAAGGAAGUGGAGAAAUAUUAUGAGUUCCAUUUCCCGUCAAAGGUAGAUGAUGCGGUCCAGAUGAUAUGGCAGGCGAUUGCACGUAAAGUUCCGGGUGUUAAAAUGAGAAUUCACAAGUCUCGAAGGUAUUCUGGAUCUGUUUCUGACACACAGAAAGAAUCAAGCUGGUCGUCUUUGAUACCUCGGAGUUUCUGGUGAAUAGAUUUUUUCUGUCUUCUUUUUCUCAGAGGACAUCAAAUUGUUCUUUUUUUUUUUUAGAGAGAAGUUUAUUUUGGAUCAGAUGAUUUGUCAACUGAUUCCCCAAAUCAUAGGUUAUAGACAGAGAGACAAGUCUUCACUCUAAUUUGAUUUCUGCUUAACUGCUUUUCACCAUAGAAAAACUAAUAAUGUUGCAAGUUAAAAAAUUGUUCAUUUUGAU